ACAAAACGCAGAAGCAGCUAGCUUCACUGAUCCACAUUACUACCAGCUUCUUCUUCCAAUCUUCUUCUCCGACGAGCAGCUAGCCAGCUAGCGGCGCCGGCCGGCAAUGGCGGACGAGGUGGUGCUCCUGGACUUGUGGGUGAGCCCGUUCGGGCAGCGUUGCCGGAUCGCGCUUGCGGAGAAGGGCGUGGAGUACGAGUACAGCGAGCAGAGCCUCGCCGACAAGAGCGACCUCCUCCUCCGCUCCAACCCCGUCCACAAGAAGGUCCCCGUCCUCCUCCACGCCGGCCGCCCCGUCUGCGAGUCCCUCGUCAUCCUCGAGUACAUCGACGAGACAUGGCCGCCGGAGCCGGAGAAGAAGAAGGAGUCGCCGCGUCUCCUCCCCAGCGACCCCUACGCCCGCGCGCGUGCCAGGUUCUGGGCGGACUACGUCGACAAGAAGCUGUUCGACUGCCAGACACGCCUCUGGAAGCUCAGGGCCGGCGACGCCGCGCACGAGCAGGCCAAGAGGGACAUGGCGGAGGCGCUGGGGACGCUGGAGGCGGAGCUCGGGGAGGGGGACUACUUCGGCGGCGAGGCGUUCGGCUACCUCGACGUCGUGCUCGUGCCGUUCGUGGCGUGGUUCCACGCCUACGAGAGGCUCGCGGGAUUCGCCGUGGCGGAGAUCUGCCCGCGGCUGGUGGCGUGGGGGGAACGAUGCAAGGGGAGGGACAGCGUCGCCAAGACGCUUACUGAUCCUGAGAAGGUGUACGAGUUCGCGCUCUACCUCAAGGCCAAGUUUGGCGCCAAGUAGAGUGAGAAUUCCAGAUUUGGUUUGGUUAACAAUCGCAGCGUAUGAUCUAUAUCUAUUGUUACUGUAUUUGGUUAUCGCGUUGUGAUUUUGCUCCUACCUAUCACCUGUAUGUAUGUGCUUGAGCUUCACGAAUAAAUUAGAAAGUGCAGUUGUGUACUCGUGUGUUUGAAUUGCGCGCUCUGUUUGUCCAUAAUCAAAACAAUUUAAUGUACUUGUUUUUA